ACAGUAGACUCUUUGAAUCCGAGAAGGAAACAGAAGUUCCUAACCGCCUAGGGAAAAAUCAGUUUACUCAUUGACACAACAACACAAAAUCCCAUAGAAAGAAAAAAAUAAUUUUCUCACGAAAAUUCUAUCCAUUUUCCCAUAUUUUCCCGGGAAAAUCUCCACUAUUAGGUUUGGAACCCUAAUUCUUAAUCACACGCUAACUGAACUUUCUCUCUUAUCUGACGGAACUUGGGAUUUCGUUCUUGAUUUUUGUGUCUGCCAACGGCUUCUUUCUGAUACGAUGGUAUAUGCUGUUCGGGUUGCGAUCAACAGUCGCAAGGCGUUGUGAUAAACAAGUGUGGGUUUUUGUCCUUCUAGUACUAAAAUGUCUGCAAAGUGGUAGAUGUAUUACAGUUGAUGGUUAGAGAGCAUUUAGCUGCGGGUGCUUAGAUGUCAUAAAGCCUUCAAUCAUACACGGACUUGUUAAAUAGCAUGUUAUAUGGUCCUGCUCCAUGGAAUGGCGAUGGACUUUUUGCUGUUUGUUUUUUCUUUUCGAGCUGGUCAAGUCCACAAGCCAAUCAGGGAAAGUUUGGGCAUUAUAUCUGGGAGCUGAGUCUGUUGUAAAUGUCAGCUGGCCUAUCUUCAGUGCGGGCAUAUUUGUGCUUCUUGCUCUUGUCUUCUCAAUGUACCUUAUUUUUGAGCACUUAGCUGCAUAUAAUCAGCCAGAGGAGCAAAAGUUUCUCAUUGGACUCAUCCUCAUGGUUCCCGUUUAUUCUCUAGAAUCGUUCUUAUCUUUGUUGGAUUCCAGUGCUGCAUUCAACUGUGAAGCAAUCCGGGACUGUUAUGAAGCUUUUGCCUUGUAUUGCUUUGAGAGAUAUCUGAUAGCCUGCUUAGGUGGGGAAGAGAAUACGAUUCAAUUCAUGGAAAGUCAGACCUUAAUCACCUCCAGCUCUCCUCUUUUGGAGGAGUCAUAUGCUUAUGGAGUUGUAGAGCAUCCUUUUCCUUUAAAUUGCUUUCUGAGGGACUGGAAUCUUGGUGCUGAUUUCUAUCAUGCUGUGAAGAUUGGCAUUGUUCAAUAUAUGAUACUGAAGUUGAUCUGUGCACUUUUAGCAAUGAUUCUUCAAGCUUUCGGGGUUUAUGGAGAAGGGAAAUUUGAAUGGAGAUAUGGGUAUCCAUACUUGGCAGUUAUUCUUAAUUUCAGUCAGACCUGGGCCCUAUAUUGCCUUGUACAGUUCUAUUCUGUGAUUAAGGACAAGUUGGCCCCAAUCAAACCACUGGCCAAGUUUCUGACAUUCAAGUCAAUUGUUUUCCUCACAUGGUGGCAAGGUGUUGUGGUCGCAUUUCUAAACUCCAUGGGAGCCUUUAAAGGGACUUUAGCCCAGGAGCUAAAAACACGAAUACAAGACUACAUUAUCUGCAUAGAGAUGGGUAUUGCAGCUAUUGUGCAUCUUUAUGUCUUCCCUGCUGUACCUUACAAGCGAGGAGAGAGAUGUGUUCGUAAUGUGGCUGUUAUGACCGACUAUGCCUCUUUAGGAACACCUCCAGAUUCAAAAGAGGUUCAGGAUUGUGAGAGGUCAACUAGGGUACGUCCAGGUCGGCAUGAUGAGACGGAAAAGCGGUUGAAUUUCCCCCAGAGUGUUCGUGAUGUGGUCCUUGGUAGCGGUGAAAUUAUUGUUGACGACAUGAAGUAUACAGUUUCUCAUGUUGUGGAACCGGUUGAAAGGGGAAUUGCAAAGAUUAAUAAAACCUUCCAUGAGAUUUCUGAAAAUGUGAAACGCCACGAGGAACGAAGGAGGAGCUCUAAGGAUGACAAUUAUCUUGUUCCCCUGAAUACAUGGACGAGGGAAUUUUCUGAAGCACACGACAGCCUUCUUGAAGGGAGUGUCAGUGAUAGUGGUUUGUCUAAUGGAAAGAGACCGCCGCAUCAACCCAAAGGCUCCGCAUUUAGAACGAGAGCAGGGAGAUAGUAUUAAAAGCUAUACAUCACAGAGUAAAAUUCAAAUGGCAUUCUGAGUUCACGAGGGCUUUUUUGACUGCAUCAUUGUUCUUGGUAUGUCAAAAUAAAAAAAUUUACUGGCGGCCCAUUUUUCCAUAAAUAAGGCAAUAUUUUGAUGAUGCUUUAUUUCUCGGGCAAAUAGCUGGGCCAAACCUCGUGAUUUUCUAACUGUGAAAUGUACAAAGAACAUUCUACAGAAACUACUACCAGUGGUAGAAACUCGUUAAAGUUAUCGUUGCGGGGCCCCUAAAAUGCGCGAAGCUUUGGAUUUUUGAAAA